CAAAAAAUUUGUAAAAAUCAUAAAAAAAUCUACUGUGAAAAUUAACAACAAAAAUUUUUACAAUCUUUUUUUGGUUUUCCAGAAUACGACAGGCAAUGGCUAACAUCUUGGGGUGUUCUAAACUAAUGAUGAGUCGCUGCGUUCAAAUGUUGGGCGGUGCGAAACCACGUGUCCAGAUGCGUCGCUUCGCCAGAAACUCACGCGGGUCGUUGGUAGUGCGUCCAACUAAUCCGCAAGCUGAGCUUGAGCUUGAGAAAAGCAAAGUUUACAAAGACAACAAGCGUCGUUCCAUGUGGCAGCAGAUUGGCUUUGAGGCUCCCCAACCAGAAAGUACGGAACUGCCACAAAAGCGUUUGGAUGACGAACACUACAAGCAUAGAGAUAUUUACGAACGUGAAUACCAGAACACGUGGGCCAGUUAUCCAGAACCCGAAAUAGAACCGCCAAAGAUACAAAUUGACAAUGUUAUUCCACCAGUGCAACGUCGACGAAGCAGAGAUCGACCAACAACAGCCAAACCCGUUUCAAGCAAGCCCAAAGUGGCGUUUCCGGAGAAGAAUCCACACUCUGUUCCACGUAAUCGCAUUGAAGAAGAAGAAUCGGACUACUGCCCUCCUCCAGCAAUGAGUAGGCUAAGGCUGAUGGACAACGAAGACGGCAGAAGGAGGCAAUUUCACUUUUAAGUGUUUAAACAGUACGACAACGUGUCAGGCAAUUUGACUUUCCGAACUUAAUACCAACUCUUGUAUUUUGCGUAUGUCUCCGAAAAUCAGUGAAGAGGAGCUGGUCUCGGAGAAUACUUGGCACUUUUAGUUUGUCGUAUAUGUCAGAGCUUUAGACUUUUUAUAUGCUAGUUAUAUUAACAAGCAUUUACAUAUAUAUAUUGUGGAAAUGGAAAUUUCAAUAGUAAUAAUUAGCAGUGCCUGCAAUACAACACCUA